AUGAAAUUGAACAAAUAUGCAAAAAGUCAGGAUGAUGAUACUGCUAGUACUAUUACUAGUACGGAAAUCCAAGGAGGCGCCCAUACCCCAAGUUACUACAACAGUGGCUUCAGAAAACACCACGGCAGCGACGGAUGCUACUACGGCGGCUUCGGACAUAACUACAGCGACUCCAUACACCACCACGACGACAGCGGGGACCACCACGGCGGCAGCAAGCAUCAAAAUAGCAGCUACGGGCACCACUGCAGCGACUCCAGACACUACCACGACAACUGCCGCUCCAACCACCACGACAACUGCCGCUCCGACCACCACAACAACUGCCGCUCCGACCACCACGACAACAACUGCCGCUCCGACCACCACGACAACAACUGCCGCUCCGACCACCACUAUCAUCACCCAGUCGCCGACGACGAUUUUCAUUAA